AUGUCUGAAACAUGGGACAUGUACGGUAGGCUGGGUGCUAUCGAUAAGACCGCCGCGCUGGGACACAAGACGACGACUAGGAGCAUACUGGUCCAUAUCGGACAUGCCGGACACUUGCGUAAUGCUCUUCGCCGUGCUUCACUUGAUCGCCCUCGCUCUCCAAUCGCGCCGCCGACGACGUUGCGGGCGUUCAGUGACGAAACCCAUCUCCUGUGCCCUGCAUGCUCCGCUCCGCAGAGAGGCGAAGCUUUUCUUUUGGGCGGACGGUACUAUGUAUCUAGCACAUGGGCCGGCUGGUCGGACAGGGCGAAUUAUAGCCAGCAUUGCCAGGUUUUUGGCAAGCAAAAAAGACACUGUGGAGAAGGGUACCGUCCCGUGUGCACUGUACCCUACUCUACAGUGCUUUCCACACUCGAGCGCGUCAUGUGCUCCGGCCACAUGAGUGAAGUGGCGCAACCCCAUCACCGCCUCGUCCUGGCCGCAUUGCCAGCAGCACCACGGGCAGAAGCAGAAGCAGCAGCAGCAGCAGCAGCAGAAGCAUCACGGCCCAAGACUAUCUCGACUACACCCACUCGCAAGACUCUGCCAGCAACACACCCCUUGACAAGCGCAGAAGCCUUCACCCAUCCCUUGCACCCCCCGGCCCCCCCCGAAAAGGGCAUCAAAGCCGCUGCGCUCCUCUCUCUAUCUGGACGCCCAGGGAAGGCUUCUGGAAUCCGUGUCAUGUUGCAACACCACAUGCUCGAUACUCCGCCAACGGCGUCUAGUCCACCCCGUCCAAGUGCGGCUGGUGCUGCUGCUACUGCUGGUGCUGCCCUUCACGGCCGCCUGUUACGGCCGGCCCCCGUGAGAGCUCUUGUGCGUCUCGUCGAGCCAUGGCUCUGCCUGCUUGCUGCGCUGAUCAAGCGCCUCGUUGCUUCUCAUCUCCGGCCAUGCAUGUCCAAAUCGUCAUUUGCACAUUGUGCCCGCCAUGAGCAGCCCGUCGCAAUCUUCGCCCACGCCUAUCCACGUGUGCACAACGCUUUCGCCGUGCCCGUCGGUCAGCUUAGAUCCGACUAA